GUGUGUCUGUGUGUAUGUGUGUCUGUGUGUGAUGUCGUUCCUUCCCUCUCUGCCAGCCCCCCUCUUUAAUGCACUGACACAUUCAGAAUGAGGACAGACAGUCAGUUUAUUACAGAUGGAUAGAAACAGAUACAGCUAAAGGCCACAAUCGACACCCCAGACAUGGCUCCUCUCCUCUUCCUCCUCUUCAUCGUUUUUAUAGCGGUACCAGGUAAAGCCUCCAAUUUUGUUCACUGUCUGUUUAACUGAUUAAAAAAAGACGAUAAAAGCAAGUAUUUUCUUGUUAAUCUUGCACUUUGAUGAGCAAAUUAGGUAUUCGUUUCGUAUUGAUAUAUUAUUAUUCUCUGUUGUAGCUUUUUCUUUGAAAGUAACAUAACGGCAUAUUAUCCUGAGCAAAUGAAGCUUUCAGCCACUGACCAUAACUGAGUAAACUACAGACAAAGCUGUUAUCAGAGUGUAAAUCCACCAUAUUUGCUGAUUUUGCUCAAAUUCAUCAAUUUAGUUCAUGAAACAGCAAACCGAUUAUGAUUGCAAAGAAAAAUUGACGGGAAAAUAUCUGGUAUUACAAUGACAGACUAGUGUGGGCCACGUUUACCAGUGUGGACAUUCUCCUUUCAGAUUAUGUUACUGAAAUGGCUUAUUUAGGAUCCCUCUGGCUGAUUUGUAUAUUUUCACUCAGUGUUCACAUGUAAUACUCUCCUCUACUGUCUUCUGGAAUUCAUUCUUUCGUCAAGUGCUUGGGGCGACUGUGUUGUGAAAGCUGCUGCAUGAAAAUGAAUAGACUUGAAUUAACCGCUGUACUGCAGGACAGCUGGAGCCCCCAGUCAUGUAUACAGAUCAGCAGGUUACUGUUAUUAAGUGCUGUUUCUAAGCUUGUAUACUGACAUUCUGAGGGACUGAAGCUUCUUCCCUGCAGCGUUCCUCAUGUCACCAACUCAUAUUCAGCACGGCUCCAUUAUCACUGUUAGUGCAUUAUGUGUAUGAUACUGUAGAAAGGAGCAUGUUAGACUGCAGAGGUAUUCUGACUGUGUAGAUGUAGAUUAUACAACAUCGGCUGAUCGGUGAGCUUUUAUUUGUCAUUAGCUGGAAUGUCAUUCAGAUCCUGCAGUAUAAGCAGAUCUUAGUUAUCUAUUACACUGAUGUGAAAUCUAAAUGAAAUAUUAACCAGUUCUUAGGGUGUCUAAAAAAAGAUAAAAUACAGUGAAACUGACAUCAUUUGAGAUUCCAAAUCAGAAUCAGUGAGUUUAAUAGAUUGUAAUCUGGUCUAACAGGUAGAAAAAUGGAAAUCCAAGAAUUUUAGGUCAAAAUAAUGGCCAAAGUCUGAAAGAAUGUAGGAUAAAAUGUUUACCAAAAGCAGACAACAGUCCAUAAGCAGAGUGAGAAGACAGGCUUGGUUCUAGAAACCAGCAGUAGUGGUUAUCUAUCUGUCUAACUAUAUAAUUAGUUUUCUAAAGACUGUGACACGUUACUGACAGGUUAGUUGUUUUUCUUGUAGCCGUCGUCCCUGUAAAAAGCAAACAAACGACAUUAACAGGAUCAGCAGGAGGAUCCAUCAGCAUCCCGUGUUUCUAUGGUCAGCAGUAUAAAAACAGUGUGAAAUCCUGGUGUAAAAGGAAAGAAGCGUCAUCCUGCAGCAUUGUGACACGCAGUAACAGGGUGUCCAUCACUGAUGAUCCCUAUAACUUAGUCUUCAUUGUGACCAUGAGGAACCUGCAGAAGUCAGAUGAAGGCAGUUAUUGGUGUGCUGUGGAUGAGUGGGGGGUACAUAAGGCCACCUCUGAUGAAAAAUACAGUUUGAUUACUACAGCUAAAGAGAGAAGUUCCACCCUGAAGACCUUCAGUUAUUUAAGAGGACAAACGGGAGGAUCCAUCACCAUCCCGUGUUUCUAUGGUCAGGAGCAUAAAAACCGUGAGAAAUACUGGUGUAAAUCAGGAAAUACCCCCGCCUGCACAUCAGCUAUUAAGGCGACACAAACCAUCACCGAUGAUCCCAAUAACUUAGUCUUCCUAGUUACCAUGACGAACCUGCAGCAGCCAGAUUGGGGAAAUUAUUGGUGUUCUGUGGGUGAAGGAGGGACUAAGGAAAUAUCUGACAGUCUCUUCUUCCUGGUUACUCCAAAUGCUCAGAGUGUGAGGACUGAGACCUGGGUUUCUGCUCAGAGAGGAGGAUCUGUCACCAUCCCAUGUUACUAUGACCAAAAUUCCAAAGAUAAAACCAAAUACCUGUGCAGAGGAUAUGAAUGGGAUUCCUGCUCCAGAAUAGCACAGUCAGACGGGGAACAGAGUAGAGGGACAGUGUCAGUCUCUGAUGACCGUGACCAAAUGUUGUUUAAUGUGACCAUGAGGGACCUGCAGGAGGAGGACUUUGACUAUUACUGGUGUGCUGUGGAGGCGUCUGCAGCACAAAGCCAUCGUGCCUUUAUGCCCCUGAUAGUCCGGGAAGUAAUUUAUGUUCCAACUACACAACAGACAGAACCGGUGACAUCACCGCUGACCCAUCCACGUGUCACUUUGACCCCCAACAUAACUGGACAGAGCUUCAUCAAGUCAGAUUUAAGUAUCACCACACUGCUGCUCUCUGUGGGGAUCGUAGGAGUGCUGCUGUUCACUGUUGUCAUGGUUAGCAUGAUACUGAGGAAAAGAUCCGAGAUGGUACGGGUCAGAAACAGGAACCGAGAAAACACAGUCACCCUCAGUCCCUCUGUAGACCCAGGGGAUGAAGUGACAUACAUCUCAGUAACUGCAAAGGCCAGGAAUGCGGCUCCUUCACCUACCCAGGUCAUGCCAUUAGGAAUCAUGAGCUCAGCCGACCCAAAUGUGAUCUACAGUUACACGAGCACACAGAGGAAAAAGGCUGCAGCAGAUCCGCACGAGGUCGUCUACAGCGCCGUGGCUCGGAGAUAGAAAGCGGCAAGACGCCUCCAGUCCCUGACAGAUGGGCCCUGAAAUGAUGAUGUUGAUGGUCAUUGAUGUACUUAAAGAGAAUAUCAAAAGCUGAUUCUGGUUUAUAUUGUAAGUUUUACUAUUAAUACAGGUAAAUAAGACUAUUCUCACAUUGUCAGAUAUCGAUAUGUUUUUGGGACCUUGGUUAUGAAAUGCCUCUGACUGACAGUGCCAACGCUGUUACAGCAGACCCUCAUGGUCCUCCGGGGUGUCCUACUGGGAAUAGUAGGUCUUGGUCUCCAGGCCAGAGACUGAGAUUAUCUCCCAGUCUGGUCGUCUCCCCCUCAUCUGACCCUCGUCCAGCAUGGGGUCACUGCAUUGGUCCGCCUCAGACCAGCUGUUAGCAGCUGUUUUUCUGGUGGGCCAGUUUGUCUGGCACUGUGCUGAGUGUGGCUACUAUCCUGGUGAACUGGUCCCACUACUCCGUUCAGCAGCAGUGGUGGCAGCUCACGGUACUGCAGUGUUGACGAGAUGGGGCAUCUGGGUUUCCAUGCAGCUUCCUGAGGCAGUGAUGUACCUUGAAAUCAAACUCCACCAGCACCUCCAGUCAACAGACCACCUGUCCUCUGGGUUGCAGAAGCUCAGGAGCCAAUUGAGAAACAUGUGGUCCGUCUAUGACUGGAACCGCCGACUGCGCAGGGAUGGAAGUUCUUACAGGCCUGCCCCAUGGCUGCCGGGUUACACAGUAGUUGUGCUCCUGCCUACUUAGUGUUCAGCUACUUAGUGUUCAGCUACUUAGUGUUCAGCUACUUAGUGGUCGCCACCACUGUCACACUGGAGGACCAUCACGUCAAUGGCGGCUCCCAGGUAAACUAACAAGUCUGGUCCAAAAAUGCAGAGGGAUCAGGGAUAUCUGAUAGCCAGACUUCUUGCAUCACUGUACGUUCAGCCUGCAGGACUUGCAGCGGCCUUUUUCCUUUCAUAGCCAUGGGCAUGGCUAUCAUCGAGGUCAACUGGAUCUUUGUUGCCUCCCAGCCAGUCCGCACGGCCAUGUCAUUGCCUGGCAGCACACAUGGGUGGAUAAGCGUGAUGUUGGACCCCUUGUCUACCAGAGAUCAGCAGGGAUCAUCCCAUCUACCAUGCAGUCAAAGCACAGGCUGUAAGUCUUGCCAAACCAACCCAUUCUGUGUGCAGAUGCAGGAGUGGCACUGGUGUGCGUUAUGGGAGGUACCACCUACCCUGCGUUUCCGGGCUGAUUUUUGAGGUGAAGAUGGGGUGACUGAGUGGGGCAGUUUGGGGCAAUGUGUUCUGGCUUCCCACAGUGGAAAGAAGUUGUGUGGCUCCAAGGUGGAUGCUCUCUUUAGCCAGAAUUUCUUUGGCCUCCUAUACCUGCUCCAUGGCUUCUGAUAUUUAUGGAAACUCAGGAGGAGGUUUAUUCAACAUUUUGGGCAGAUGCGCAUGUAGAACCCAAUAAUAUAAUAACUUCAUAAUAAAGUAAUAACAUGUCUUAACCAAUAAUGCAGUAAUAUGUUAUUACAUUAACCCUUUCCACCAUAUGGAUUUUUCAGAUUUUUUCUUUCCAUUUGCUUUUAGACUUAAGGAUUUAUUUUUUUCUUGGAAUAAAUUUAUGUAAAUGAAAGGCUGGAUUUUUCUCAAUUUUUCAGUGUGACAUGAAGCUGUUUCACGAAAAGGUAUAUUUUUUUAACCCUUUUUACAAAUCCUUACAAGGGGUGCCAAUAAUUGUGGAGGGCGCAGUAUACAUUCUUGCAUAUGUACAAAAGGUAAGUUAAAAAUGGUUGUAGGUAGAAAAUAUCCCUGAAUCUGCUAGAGGGAGUCUGAAUGCUGCUGUACUGCCUCCGAAUCUGUGGCUUGGAUGGCUGAGAUCAGAUAGGACCCGCUGUGUCUUCCUCCUACAGCGCUGUCUGUAGAGGUCCUGGACGGCCGGGAUCACAGAGGAUCCGCUGUGUCUUCCUCCUACUUGUCUGUAGAGGUCCUGGAUUGCUGGCAGUUCAGACCUUGUGAUGCAUUGCGCUGAUCUGGCCCCUCUCUGUAGAACUUUGCAGUCCAGAGCAUUACAGAUCCCAUACCAGGUCAUGAUAGGAGAAUUAAAAGAAUACUUUUACUUUUUCUUUUGUUUUGUGAGCCCCUUGUGUUCCUGUGGUCGAGACUUCAGGUGAGUCACAGUGCUAUGGGUCACUAACCUGCGUGGCUUAUCUUUUCUCUGCCCCCCCCCCCCCCCACCCCAGGCCCAAAGGCAGACCAUACCUAUGAACAGAUGAGGAGUGAGACAUUUCAGUCAGAAAUAAAAUUUUAUGCACAGA